AUGUGGAAGGUGCCAGUUAUGCUGCUGGUUUGGGGAAAAGCAUCACUCUGGGUUUCGGCAGCAGCAGCAGCAGCAGCCAACACGGUCAGGCUAACCCCAGGUAUGGAAGACGGCCCGAUGACUCCAGGUGACGGUGAGGAGCCCCGUGAAUCCACUGACUGGACAGCUUUGGUGCCCACAAGUACAAAGCGCACAGACAUUCAUGGAGAGGGUCCUCCAACUUCAGAAAGCACAGUCCAUGCCCAAGAAGAAAGCCGAAGCCCCACGACCUCGAAUGUGGCCAUUCGUUACUCCAUGAGAGACACACGAAAAACAGUUGAGAAAGAUGGCUUGGCGACAGGCCAGUUGGUCGGAGUCACAGAUGGGAUCUUACUAGCCAUUGGAUUUGUUGGUGGGAUCAUCGCUGUGGUUGUGAAAACGUCAGGAAGGUACUCGCCAUAA